AUGGGCGGCGGUCCGGGAGUUGGGCCGCAGACCUUCCAGCUGGCCACCACGGCGGGUGCCCAUCAUCCGCACAUUAUCGGCACGACCACUAUCAACGGGCAGACGAUUCAAAUCGCUGCUGCCCCUCAUCAGCAGCAGCAAAUUCAGCAAGGUCAGGGUCAGCAGCAGCAGCAGACGAUGAUGGUGCCCACCAGCGGCGGCGGAGUGCAGCAGGUGCACUUUACCACAACGGCUCAGCAGCCCCAGCAGCAAACUACCCAACAACAAACUCAGCAAACGCCUCAACAGCAGCAACAGCAGCAGGCGCAGAUUCAGGCGCAGAUUCAGGCUCAGGUUCAGCAGCAGAUUCAGGCGCAGCUUCAGCAGCAGGCUCAGCAGCAGCAGCAGCAGCAGAUUGUGAAGCCGCAGACUGCCAACCAAGCCGUUCAGGUGAAGCCGGUGGAGCCGCUCUUCAGUGCACCGCCCGCCCCGAAGCGCCUCGUGCACACGCACACCUAUAUGAAGUACAUUGAAAGCCUGAAACCGGACCGCCGGUACCUCUCCAACUGGGAACGGCAGCUGUCCGCCUCGCCGGCCACCUGCAGCUUCAAUGCCGCCCUCCUCGCAAAUGGUAAAGUGAAUGGAGCCAAGAAGAGUACUCCCGGAACGGCCUCUUCAUCUUCCGCCACUUCAUCAUCUUCUUCAGCGAAUCCGGUCACCUGGCUGGAAAAUGGGGCCAACGGGCACAGCUCGGUAGUGGACGCCCUCUGGACGCUGCGCGACUUUAUGAUGAAGGACGCCCUUAGCUUGGCUACCAUUUAG